CAGUCGCCUCUUUUCGAGGACGUUCAUCCAGCCUGCCAUGUCUCACCAACCGGAAGCGCGCAUUGAUUUGUGCAGCGCGAGCGAGGGGCGGCGGAGAAAAUAACCUAAUCAUGGGGAAAAGACGCGCCUAAAUACGCGAUAAUCCCAUAACGUUGCGGGAUUAUUAUUAUUCUCUUUCUUCCAGAGAAGGGCUUCAAAGCUGCUCCAUCCGCUUUCAUCAGGGAUUAUUCCCUCCGGUAUGGGAUCUACCUUCGGGCUCCCCACCUGCUGGGCACCGUAAUGGUGCUCGCCGCCCCAGCUGAGCCCCUCGCCGCCCUCUGAAGGAGCAGGAUGACAAGAUGGCACAGCUGCUUGUACCGCCCGGACCUGACAGCUUCCGCCCCUUCGUCCCCGAGUCGCUGGCCGCCAUCGAGAGGCGCAUCGCCGAGGAGGAGGCCCGGAGACCGCGGGCGGAGCGCAGCGGCGACGGCGACGACGAUGACGGGCCCAAGCCCAACAGCGACCUGGAGGCGGGGAAGUCCCUGCCCUUCAUCUACGGGGACAUCCCCCCCAAGCUGGUGUCCACGCCUCUGGAGGACCUGGACCCUUUCUACAGUAAUCAGAAGACCUUCAUAGUAUUGAAUCGUGGAAAGGCAAUCUUUCGUUUCAACGCCACUCCUGCCUUGUACAUCCUCAACCCCUUCAACCCUCUGAGGAGGAUAGCGAUUCGAGUUCUGGUGCACUCGAAGUUCAGCAUCUUGAUCAUGCUCACCAUCCUGACCAACUGUGCUUUCAUGACCCUCAGCAACCCUCCGGACUGGGCCAAGAAUGUAGAGUACACGUUCACAGGGAUUUACACCUUCGAGUCCUUCAUCAAGAUCCUGGCCAGAGGUUUCUGUGUGGGGAAGUUCACCUUCCUGCGGGACCCGUGGAACUGGCUGGAUUUCAGUGUUAUCCUCAUGGCAUAUAUCACAGAGUUUGUGGACCUGGGCAAUGUCUCAGCGCUGCGAACCUUCAGGGUUUUGCGAGCCCUGAAAACUAUAUCGGUCAUCCCAGGCCUGAAGACCAUCGUCGGCGCUCUGAUCCAGUCGGUGAAGAAGCUGUCGGACGUGAUGAUCCUCACCGUCUUCUGCCUCAGCGUCUUCGCCCUCAUCGGCCUGCAGCUCUUCAUGGGGAACCUGCGGCAGAAGUGCGUCCGCAUGCCCAUCACCGUCAACGCCACCAACAGCAGCGGCGAGUACGGUGGCGGCGGCGGCGGCGGCGGCUUGUUCUUCAACGACUCGCUGCCGGAGAAUUACGGCAACUUCUCUGAGAACUUCACCUUCAACUGGACUGAGUACAUCGCCAACGAGAGUCAUUACUACUUCCUCCCCGGCGGUAAGGACGCUCUGCUCUGCGGGAACGGCAGCGGCGCCGGGCUCUGUCCAGAGGGAUUCAUUUGUGUCAAAGCGGGCCUCAACCCCAACUACGGCUACACCAGCUUCGACACCUUCAGCUGGGCCUUCCUGUCUCUGUUCCGGCUCAUGACGCAGGACUACUGGGAGAACCUCUACCAGCAGACGCUGCGGGCGGCGGGGAAGCCCUACAUGAUCUUCUUCGUGCUGGUGAUCUUCCUGGGCUCCUUCUACCUGGUCAACCUGAUCCUGGCCGUGGUGGCCAUGGCGUACGACGAGCAGAACCAGGCCACCAUCGAGGAGGCGCAGCAGAAGGAGGAGGAGUUCCAGGCCAUGCUGGAGCAGCUGAAGAGGCAGCAGGAGGAGGCGCAGGUUGCCGCGGCAGCCGCGGCGGUGGCGGCCUCCGCCGAGAGCGGUGACUACAGCGGGCGCGGGGGCCCCGCCUCCGAGUCGUCCUCCGGGACGUCGAAGCUGAGCUCCAAGAGCGCCAAGGAGCGGCGCAACCGCAGGAAGAAGAGGAAGCAGCGGGAGGAGGAGGAGGGCCGCGCUGCCCGCGACAAGGUCCGCAAGUCCGAGUCCGAGGACAGCAUCAAGAGGUCCAGCUUCCGCUUCUCCAUCGACGCCAACCGGCUGUCCUACGAGAAGAGAUGCUCCUCGCCCAACCAGUCGCUCCUCAGUAUCCGGGGCUCGCUCUUCUCGCCACGGCGGAACAGCCGGGCCAGCCUCUUCAGCUUCCGCGGCCGCGCCCGCGACAUGGGCUCGGAGAACGACUUCGCCGACGACGAACACAGCACCUUCGAGGAGAGCGAGAGCCGCCGCGGCUCGCUCUUCCUGCCGCGCCGCCUGGAACGCCGCUGCAGCGCCGUCAGCCAGACCAGCCUGGGGGCGCCGCGCGUGCCGCUGCCCGCCAACGGGAAGAUGCACUGCGCCGUGGACUGCAACGGCGUGGUGUCGCUGGUCGCCGGGACCUCCGUCACAACCUCUCCUGUAGGUUUGCUGCCGCCUGAGGGGACGACGACAGACACCGAGCUGAAGAAGCGCAGGAUGGACUAUCUGGACGAGCCGGGGUCGCGGCCCCGAGCCAUGAGUGUAGCGAGCAUCCUGACCAACACCAUGGAAGAGCUUGAGGAGUCCAGACAGAAGUGCCCCCCCUGCUGGUACAGGUUCGCGAACACCUGUCUGAUCUGGGACUGCUGCCCCGCCUGGCUGAAGAUCAAAGAGGUGGUGAGCACUGUGGUGAUGGAUCCAUUCGUGGAUCUGGCCAUCACCAUCUGCAUCGUUCUCAACACGCUGUUCAUGGCCAUGGAGCAUUACCCCAUGACUCGAGAGUUCGACAACGUGCUGUCGGUGGGAAACCUGGUGUUCACCGGGAUCUUCACGGCAGAGAUGUGCUUCAAGAUCAUCGCUCUGGAUCCGUACUACUACUUCCAGGAGGGCUGGAACAUCUUCGACGGGAUCAUCGUCAGCCUGAGCCUGAUGGAGCUCGGCUUGGCCAACGUGGAAGGCCUCUCUGUGCUCAGGUCCUUCAGAUUGCUGAGGGUCUUCAAACUCGCCAAGUCUUGGCCCACACUCAACAUGCUGAUCAAGAUCAUUGGGAACUCGGUGGGUGCUCUGGGAAACCUCACCCUGGUGCUGGCCAUCAUCGUCUUCAUCUUCGCCGUGGUGGGAAUGCAGCUGUUUGGAAAGAGCUACAAGGAGUGCGUGUGCAAGAUCGCGAAAGACUGUGAGCUGCCGCGCUGGCACAUGCACGACUUCUUCCACUCCUUCCUCAUCGUGUUCCGUGUGCUGUGUGGCGAGUGGAUCGAGACCAUGUGGGACUGCAUGGAGGUGGCGGGGCAGACCAUGUGCCUCAUCGUCUUCAUGAUGGUCAUGGUCAUCGGGAACCUGGUGGUUCUGAACCUCUUCCUCGCUCUGCUCCUGAGCUCCUUCAGCGCCGACAACCUGGCGGCGACUGAUGACGACAGCGAGAUGAAUAACCUCCAGAUCGCGGUGGGUCGGAUCCAGCGUGGCAUCGCGUUCGUCAAGUCCAUGGUGCGGCAGUUCCUCCGGAGCCUGUGCUCCGGCGGGUCCGGGAAGGGGUCGGGCCUGGCCGAGGAGAGCAAGCCCCUGGACGAGCUCCACAGCAACGGCAAGGGUAACUGCAUCUCCAACCACACGUCGCUGGAGAUCACCAAAGACCCCAGCGGCGUGUACGUGACGGAGGGCAACGGGCGGCCCGGAGGGGGGCUGCUGGUCGGGGUGGGGGUGGACGCGGUGGCCAAGUACCCCACGGAGGAGUGCGACUACAUGUCGUUCAUCCACAACCCCACCCUGACAGUCACCGUGCCCAUCGCCGUGGGCGAGUCGGACUUCGAGAACCUCAACACCGAAGACUUCAGCAGUGACUCGUCGGAUGCGGAGGGUAGCAAAGAGGCCCGGCGGUGUAACUUUGCCCCCACGUCCCCUUCCCCGUCCAUGCAGAAGCUUGACGCGGAUCCUCAGCCUCUGAGCUCGUCGGAGGGCAGCACCGUAGAUAUCCGCCCCCCGGGGGACGGGGCAGACUCCGUGGAGCUGGAGCCGGAGGAGUCUCUGGACCCAGAGGCCUGUUUCACGGAGGGCUGUGUGCGACGGUUUCAGUGCUGUCAAAUCAAUGAGGAGGACGGAAACUACAAGAGCUGGUGGACGCUCAGGAAGACCUGCUUCAUCAUCGUGGAGCACAACUGGUUCGAGACCUUCAUCAUAUUCAUGAUCCUGCUGAGCAGUGGAGCACUGGCCUUUGAGGACAUUUACAUCGAGCAGCGUCGCACCAUCAAGACGGUGCUGGAGUACGCCGACAAGGUCUUCACAUACGUCUUCAUCCUGGAAAUGCUGCUCAAGUGGGUCGCCUAUGGGUUCGCCAAGUACUUCACCAACGCCUGGUGCUGGCUGGACUUCCUCAUUGUGGACGUGUCUCUGGUCAGCCUCAUAGCCAACGCUCUGGGUUACUCUGAACUCAGUGCCAUCAAGUCUCUGCGGACACUCCGAGCCCUGCGGCCCCUGAGGGCCCUGUCUCGCUUUGAGGGCAUGAGGGUGGUGGUGAACGCUCUGCUGGGUGCCAUCCCCUCCAUCAUGAACGUGCUGCUGGUCUGCCUCAUCUUCUGGCUCAUCUUCAGCAUCAUGGGCGUCAACCUGUUCGCCGGGAAGUACUACUACUGCGUCAACACCACCACCAACGACCUCCUGCCCAUCCACAUCGUCAACAACAUGACCGACUGCCUGGACCUGGGGAACGACAGCGCCCGCUGGAGGAACGUGAAAAUCAACUUCGAUAAUGUCGGGGCGGGUUAUCUGGCCCUGUUACAAGUGGCAACUUUUAAAGGUUGGAUGGACAUCAUGUACGCAGCCGUCGACUCCAGAGGCCUGGAAGACCAGCCCGAGUACGAGGCCAACCUGUACAUGUACCUCUACUUCGUCAUCUUCAUCAUCUUCGGCUCCUUCUUCACCCUCAACCUCUUCAUCGGUGUCAUCAUCGACAACUUCAACCAGCAGAAGAAGAAGUUUGGAGGUCAGGACAUCUUCAUGACAGAAGAACAGAAGAAGUACUACAACGCCAUGAAGAAGCUGGGCUCCAAGAAACCACAGAAACCGAUCCCUCGACCGACGAAUGCUUUCCAAGGCUGCGUGUUCGACUGCAUCACCAAACAGGCCUUCGACAUCGUCAUCAUGAUCCUCAUCUGCCUCAACAUGGUGACCAUGAUGGUGGAGACGGACGACCAGACGCCAGAGAUGGACAAGAUCCUGUACUGGAUCAACGUGGUCUUCAUCGUGCUCUUCACCGGGGAGUGCGUCCUCAAGAUGAUCUCUCUGCGUCACUACUACUUCACCAUCGGCUGGAACAUCUUUGACUUUGUGGUGGUCAUUCUUUCCAUUGUAGGUAUGUUUUUGUCCGAAGUGAUCGAGAAGUACUUUGUGUCGCCCACGCUGUUCCGAGUGAUCCGUCUGGCAAGGAUCGGUCGCAUCCUCCGCCUCAUCAAAGGCGCCAAAGGCAUCCGGACGUUGCUCUUCGCCCUGAUGAUGUCCCUGCCCGCCCUCUUCAACAUCGGCCUCCUCCUCUUCCUCGUCAUGUUCAUCUACGCCAUCUUCGGCAUGUCCAACUUCGCCUACGUCAAGCGGGAGUCCGGGAUCGACGACAUGUUCAACUUCGAGACGUUCGGCAACAGCAUGAUCUGCCUGUUCCAGAUCACCACGUCGGCCGGGUGGGACGGCCUGCUGGCACCCAUCCUGAACAAGGGCGAGCCGGACUGCGACAGCCAGACGGAGCACCCGGGGAACCUCUACCGGGGCAACUGCGGCAACCCGUCGGUGGGCAUCUUCUUCUUCGUCAGCUACAUCAUCAUCUGCUUCCUCAUUGUGGUCAACAUGUACAUCGCCGUCAUCCUGGAGAACUUCAGCGUGGCCACGGAGGAGAGCGCCGAGCCGCUGAGCGAGGACGACUUCGAGAUGUUCUACGAGGUGUGGGAGCGCUUCGACCCCGACGCCACUCAGUUCAUGGAGUACAGCAAGCUGUCGGACUUCGCCAACGCCCUGGACCCGCCGCUGCGCAUGCCCAAGCCCAACAUGAUCCAGCUCAUCUCCAUGGACCUGCCCAUGGUGAGCGGCGAGCGCAUCCACUGCCUCGACAUCCUGUUCGCCUUCACCAAGCGGGUGCUGGGCGAGGGCGGCGAGAUGGACGUGCUGCGCGGCCAGAUGGAGGAGCGCUUCAUGGCGUCCAACCCCUCCAAGGUGUCGUACGAGCCCAUUACCACCACGCUGCGCCGCAAGCAGGAGGAGAUGUCGGCCACGAUCAUCCAGCGGGCGUUCCGCCGCUACAUGAUCCGCCUGGCCAUGAAGAAGGCCUCGGCGCUCUACAAGGAGCAGCUGAAGGAGGGCGUGCGCGACCCGGACAAGGACGUCAUGGUCAUCGGGAAGUUCCAGGAGAACUCCACGUCGGACAAAACGGACAUGACGCCCUCCACGGCCUCGCCGCCCUCCUACAACAGCGUGACCAAGUCGGACAAGGACAAAUACGAGAAGGAGAACAGGGAGAAGGAAAACAAAGGGAAAGACUUGAAAGACCGGAAGAAAUAGAUUUCUU